AUGAGUGCCCGUCUCCUCUCAUCCAGAGCUGUUUCCUCAGCGAUUUUACGCCGGCCUCAAAUUGCCACUCGCCGUGUUCUUUCGGCUGCACCUUUAUCCACAUCUACCAUAAAAUCUAGUAGUACUACCUCCGGCGGCCUUCUACGUCUUGAGUCUGUACUGAGGUCUCAACGGCAAACAUGGCCCAACCAGAUCUAUCGUGCUCACAGUGCCGGGGCUACGACAGUUAGGGCUUUGAGCUUUCACCGGGCUAUACCAAAGCUCAUGAUGAAAUUUAUUAGGAUACCAGCUGCGUUUGGUGGCGCUAUGAUUGCAGGUUUGGCUUAUGUACAGUAUCAGGCCCAGCAGGCGGGCAAUUACGCUAUAGGGGUCUUCAAUUCGGCUGGCGAAAUUGUAGGAACGACUUAUUCUGGGGCCAAGCAGAAGGUCAAUGAUAUUUACGGAGGAGUAGCCGGUGGAAUCGGCUCAGUUGAGCUUCCCGAGAUGCCUGAAUGGAUGCAAGGCUUGUUUUCCGGGGGUGGAAAGGGCUCCGAGAAUCCGGGCGGUGGUAGCGGUCAGGACCCAAAGGGAGGAGGCCCUAGAAAAGCUGCGGCUUCGGUUCUAGCAGGCGCAGCAUUAUACGGCGCUGGUGAUGAUGACGAGCGGACCGAUCAACAAGCUGCCAAAGAUGACCAAAUGAUGGUUUUGACUAGGAAGAUGAUUGAAAUACGGAGCAUUCUGCAGAAGGUUGGACAGACGGGGGUUCUUCAACUUCCUUCAAUCGUGGUUAUUGGCUCGCAGAGUUCAGGAAAGAGUUCAGUUUUGGAGGCAAUUGUCGGUCACGAAUUCUUACCGAAGGGCUCAAACAUGGUUACCCGCCGGCCGAUUGAAUUGACCCUUAUCAAUACGCCCGAGUCACCGGUCGAAUAUGGCGAGUUUCCAGCUCUUGGACUUGGACGCAUUUCAGACUUUACCCAGAUUCAGCGGACACUUACCGACCUCAAUCUUGCUGUUCCUGAGGCCGAUUGUGUGUCUGAUGAUCCUAUACAACUCAAUAUCUACUCCCCUACUGUCCCAGACCUAUCGCUUAUUGAUCUUCCGGGUUAUAUCCAAAUUAGUGCCCAUGAUCAGCCCGAAGAAUUGAAGGGAAAGAUUGCGGCUUUAUGUGAUAAAUACAUCCAGGCACCUAACGUUAUUCUUGCAAUUUCAGCCGCUGAUGUCGACUUGGCGAAUUCCACGGCCUUGAGGGCAAGCAGAAGAGUUGACCCAAGAGGUGAAAGGACUAUUGGUGUUAUCACAAAGAUGGAUUUGGUGGAUCCCAAACGGGGAAGCGCGAUUUUGAGGGAUAGAAAUUACCCUCUGCGGCUAGGCUAUGUGGGGGUUGUCUGUAGAACGCCAUCUUCAAAAUUAGGCUUCCUAGGCAGCAAAAACGUCAACAUCUCCAACGCUAUUAGCAAAAACGAAAAUGCCUACUUUGGAGCACACCCUGAAUUUGCUGCACCUGACAGCCAACUAACAGUCGGAACUCAAAAUUUAAGAAAGAAGCUCAUGACUGUUCUAGAGCAGACUAUGGCAUUGAGUCUACGAAGCACAAGUAAUGCAAUUCAUCAAGAGCUUGAAGAAGCAACCUAUGAAUUCAAAGUACAGUACAAUGACCGACCAUUGACUGCAGAGACCUAUCUGGCGGAAUCACUCGACAAAUUCAAGCAUUCCUUCAAGGAUUUUACUGAACACUUUGGCCGGCCACAGGUCAGGCAGCUUCUCAAGCACGAACUUGAUCAGAAGGUCCUUGAUCUCCUGGCAUCCCGAUACUGGAACAAGCCUCUUGGAGAAGACAAAUCACGAAGCCGUCUUGACGAAAGACCCUUAUCUGAGCUUCCAAACGCUGACUCGGAAAGUCUUUUCUGGCACCGUCGACUUGACGCCUCAACAUCUUCUCUCACAAAGCUCGGUGUCGGCCGUCUGGCUACCAAUGUGGUCGCCAACGCCCUCACUCAGCACAUGGACCGUCUCGUCUCUGAGUCUACGUUCAAGGAACAUCCCUUUGCAAAGCAGGCUAUCCAGGAAGCAACUAACGCGAUUCUAAACGAGAGAUUCUAUUCCACUAGCGACCAAGUCGAGAACUUGGAUGAUCGCGAGUGGGCACACAGCAGGGAGAAUGCCCAGCGGUUAUUAAAGGAGGAACUGAAGGCGUGUGAAGAAGCUUUGAAGAACAUGAAGACCACUAUUGGUGGAAAGAAGUUAGGCCAGGUCAUGACCUUUGUGGAUAAAAUUAGACAGGGAGAGCAUGCAGAUGUGAAGGAGGGAACGGAGGCUUUUGGCUUUAGUCAAGCACUUUUGCAAAAGGGACGUGAGGGUGUCUUCCUAAGAGACAGAGCAGACCUCAUCAAGAUGCGUCUGAUGGCUCUCAAGAGCAAGCAGUGUGCAAACCUAGUUAACAAAUAUCACUGCCCGGAGAUCUUCAUGGAUGUAGUCGCCGAGAAACUGACCUCCACGGCCGUUCUCUUCCUGAACGUCGAGCUACUGUCAGAAUUCUACUACAACUUCCCUCGAGAGCUUGACAACCGCCUUGGUCGCCACCUCUCAAUACAGCAAGUCGAGGCCUUCGCUCGCGAAGACCCAAAGAUCCGAAAACACAUUGACCUUCAGAAGCGAAAAGAGCUCCUCGAGCUCGCAUUAGAGAAGAUGGAGAGCCUCAUGGCCCUAGAGAAGAGCAAGAAGCAGGCCCAGGGGGGAGCUGCAGCGGAACAUAGUCCAAGUGUGAGAGGUAGCAGGUGGGGUGGUAUGUUUUAG